GCAAUAAUACGAAAACGCAAAAAUGUUGAAGAAAAGUAUAACUUUGUUGAAAGAAAAAUAAAUUGAAAGGAAACGCAACAAACGACGACGUUGCUUUCUUUUUUUUUUUCGCACCAUGUGAUUUUAGUAUUUUACGCUUUCAGACCCCCCACAACGGCUAGUUUCCUAGUGACCGUUUCCCGUCGCCCAAAAUUCAAAAUCUGAACCCACCGUUAAUCUUCUCCACAUACCGCAAUUCCCGGAAACAUUUUUCAAUUGUCAAACAACACUCGCAAACAAAAACUAAAAUUCAAAUCCAAACUCAAACUCUGGCAACUUCCCAAAUUCGAUCUCUGUUAAACCCAUUUGGCAAUUCGAAUCAAGAACCCAGAAUUUCAAAAAUGGUGUAUUCGUACGCGCCCACAUACUACUCCACUCUCCACGACUCGAUGACCUCCCUGUGCAAGUCCAUUCUUCCCUUCGGCUUCAAGAAGCGGCGGUUGCCAGCGGCGGAGCAGAAGCUUUCGAAGCUGCAGUCGGAUAACCUCAAGUGGCAGCAGGACUCUUUCCACCAGAUGAUGAACUUGAUGGGUCUACACAAAGAAGGGAUCUUGGCUGAGACCGAGGUCUCCGCUUUCCGAUUGCAUUUGCUCGAAACCCUUGUCGCCUCACCAGUGGCGGAGCACGAACAGCCGGUUAUUCUGAGGGACAAGUUGCUGUUCUUGCAGGAGCUCUUGUAUGCGAAAUGCAUAUCGGAAGACGAAUACCAUUCUUCGAAGAGGCCGUUGCUGCAGCGAUUAGCAGCUCAGGGAGCUGAGGUCGAGGCUAAAGAUGUAAUCGCUUCAGGAUCGCUGCCAGCGAAGGACCUGAAAGAGAAUGCAGAUCAAGAGCAGUGGUCUGAAAUUGACUUGAAGGACGAGAAAUGCUUGCUAACGAAAGACAAAGGGAGUUCAAAUUCGAAGAACAAAUUGAAGCACAGCUCGGCAGUGAAGCAAAUCAAAGGGGCAGCUUCGGUGUUGGGAUUCGUAUCACCUUUCAAACAAGGGAAAAACAGGGGAGAAAAGAGCAUAUUCGAUCUGCCCGACUCGUCCAAAUUCUCUUCCGCCAGCUCUUCUAAGCAUGAAGCAGGAGAUCAAUCGUCGAUUCUCAUGCCAGAAAGCUUGACACAGGUUGCGAUGAAAGAGAGUGGGAGCGCAGAUCGAACGAGGAGGAAGCCGUUUAGGAAUCUGUUUCAGAGAGAACAGAGAGAGGGACAGGAGGAUCAUGGCCAUGAAAAUGAACAAACACCUUCGAAAUCGGCGAAAAAGCAAUGGGGUUUUGAUGGAUUCAAGAAGUGGAAGAGGAGUGACUCGGAAGAGAAUGAGACAACUCCGUUGCCGCUAAACGAAAGAUCAGAUAGUGAGGUUCACCUGAAGCUUGUCCCAAGCUCCAUGGGUGAAGGGCCAGACACUAAGCUCAUAAAAAGGAAGCUGCUCUCGGAUGGUUCUCCUUCUGAUUUCUUCAUUGACAAGGUUGUAGGGGAGAAGAUAAAGAAGGAACUGUCAAGAAUUCAGACAGAGCUUUGCGCUUCAAAUCCAAAUCUUCGAUUCACGAAUGAACAAAUUGAAGCGAUUUCGACAAGGCUUCCGGUGGACAAGGCUGACCUGAAGAAGUUCUUUCCCGAGUCGUGGUGUGAUCGGUAUGGAGGCGUUGUUCUGGACGUGGUGAGGAAAGAAUUCAAGGAGCAUGUUGGGGAUGAGUGAGAAAUGCAGCAAGAGAGAAACACGGUAUCCACUCAGCGCGAUGGGUUACAUUCCAAGAUGACGAGGAGAAUUGUCACCCAAAUCUGUUUGCUCCGCCGCCUGACAACAACCACAAUUACACCUCAAAGUUCCAUGAAACCAAUCCUUUCUGUGAUGAUCACCUUCACACCACCCCUAGGAAGCUGAGAUCGAAACCGGCAGCUUAUACACAAGAACAGAAUCAGAAUCAGAAUCCCUUUUGGAUCCCGGGGCAUGACUACUGACGUGAUACAUUUUUCUAAUCUGUUGUAUGAACUUCGAGAGAAGAACUCUGUUCUCCCAAGCAUUCAAAUUUUAUGUUUGAUUUGUAAAUGCAGGCAAUGUAUUAUCUCCUUAAAUGUUUCGGAAUUCGAUUCGCUCCUUGAUUUUUA